GUCGCGACUGCUCCGGCGAAUACAAAGAUCUUACAUCGCAAGCACGAACGUUAACGAACCUACUCGAGGAUAUUCAAGACAAGUACGAUAAGAUACCCGAGAGCAAGCGGCAGCAGCUCAUCGACGCGUACGAACCAUGUAUCGAAGUGCUCGAAGAGCUAGACAAGCUGGUGCUGCACUACAAUGGGCUUGACACAAAAACCAAACGCGCUUGGGACCGGCUCAAGUACGACCCUGAGAAGUCACGAAACAUACGAGAGCGCCUCAUCGCGAGCGUAUCGAUGCUCAAUUCCUUCUACACAUCCCUGAUACACGAUAGCCAGGUUCUUAUCCUAGAGGCCUUGGAAAGAUUGGAGAAGGACUACAAAGGCGGUCAUCGCGAAGAAAGCAUUGCUUCCAUCGGGAGACUCACGUCUGGAGGCACAGCCGACGAUGACGACGAUGAUGAGGAGGCAUGGAGCCAGAUCCUCCGCGACCUCGAAGAUGUGGGAGUAUCACAGCAGCAGGCUCUAAGCUACCGAGAUGUCAUCGUAAACUGGCUUGUCACAGCUGUCAACGAAGGGAGGCUUUUGGAGGAGCGGCCAGAGCAUGAUGCUCUAGCAACUAUGUCUUCGGACCUUGGGACCACUCUUCCCGAAUUUGACUUCGAUGAACGACCGCAUAGUGUUGAUGUGCCAGCGAUCAUCUCACCUGCGUACCGUGGCUCACACAGUCCUCUCGCAGCGCUGCCUCUGGCGUCUAGCGCGCCAAUAACACAGAAUCAGCAGAUCUAUUUGGCCCCUUCAGCAACUUCUCGAGCACAUUCGACCACCUCCUUGCGACCGUCCCAACCUGCUGAAUUGGAAGCAUCAUCGCUCUACGCGGAGCCACACUCAGCGUCCCAGCCUACUACUCCUAUGGGCUCCAACAGCUAUGCAAUCAGACGUGUUCCAGUUCAACCCCCAAAAACUACGGUUCCUGUCACGCCCACGUACAGUAUCCCAAUCGUAGCGCCUACGUCCCCGACUGGUUCCUCUUUACCAGAGCCUUCUUUUACAGCUAACAUGGGAAUAUCUGGCGCACCUCAGACGUGUGAGGAGAAAGAAACAUUAGUUACGGUAGACCUUGAGUGGACGGCACAACAGAUAGUUGCCGCGUGGACUCGGGGUGACUUUGUCACUGCAGAAAAGCUUCUUGAAGACCAGCUGGCAGCUGUCGAACGGGGACAAACAUCUAGGUCUGGGACCCAGCCCGACCGACGUAUUCUUAGGCAUCUGCUUGGAGUUUGUGCCUCCUACACUGGGAAAUACGCUAGAGCAAAGUAUUUGUUCGAAAGUGUGUUCAACGGAAUUUACCUGAACCGCCAAAACCUGGACGAUGGUGAUAUCGCUGCAGCACGGUGGCUAGGGGACGUCUGUCUGCAUAUUCAACAGCAUACGAACGCCGCCCUUGCGUAUUGCGUUGCAUAUGAAGGGUCCAUUGGUCGCUUGGGGGUGGCACGCGACCGUACCUCAAGGAUAGCCGCAGAAAUUAGGCUCGUCGAUCACUGGCUGUGGGUGUUCAAGAGAAUCGAGGCAACCCUUGAGCUAAACAUGGAUCCAACCAAUAUCUUUACAUCUACGAAUGUCGUUGAAAAGAGCAACCUGAUGAUGGCAGUCAGAAACAAUGUUUACGAGAUGCCCGGGAUUGAUGGUCGUGGUUCAUUGCCACCAGCUGCGGGGAUGCGUCCAUCACUUAACUUGAGCCCUCGACCACAGUGUACUACAACGAUCUCAGAAGGCUUCCUUCUAGGGCCUCUGAUAUCUACAAGCACAUGGCCACUGCCUUGGGAUAACCUCUUUUGUCCCGUGGACGCUGUUCAGCUGGACCGCUGCAUGGGUGUAAUACCUAUUGCCAAUUUCAUUGGCCAACCCCUGUCUGAGCGCCAGCUACCAUCGAACUCACUAGGCGACUCGAAGAAGCUGCAUUUUCUUACUAAGAGAGGCAGUCGAUGGCUGAUAGAUGCCGUGAAACAAGGCCUCCGCGAGAUGGGAAUCGAUUAUGGCGAGCAUAAGUAUGAGCCUUCGAUUGUGUGUCGCAUCAAUCAGCAGCGUGAGGGCGUGGUUUUCUCCGAAGGGAUCGAGAUCGGCUUCAGCAAGCUCCCAUUCCGUGAUGUCUAUGGAAUCAAGGUUUCGCAUGUGAAGUGGGCGACGCGACGAUUCCUGACAUAUGGCUCUCACGACACGGCCGAUUUUAGGAACAUUGUGAAGGCUUUUCUGGAGAGGGCGGAGGCGGAGGCAGACCUUCCGAAGUCGACGCACAAUAUGCAACAUGAAAGUGUGGGCGUACACCCGCAAGCGUCCCAUGCAUCGCCAGGCCUCAAGAGACCAUCUUACGCUUGA